AUGUACUUGUCAGUGCUCGACGAGGCUGUGGGGUGUGUUUUGGGACAGUAUAACGAUUCUGGAAAGAGGGAGCAAGCUAUUUAUUAUCUCAGCAAGAAGUUCACGUCUUAUGAGGCAAAAUAUACAUUUCUUGAAAAGAGUUGCUGUGCAUUGGCCUGGAUGAUUCUUUCGGAGUUUGACAUCAUUUUUACCACGCAAAAGGCCAUCAAGGGUCAGGCGAUAGUGGAUCACUUGGCCGAAAACCCAAGGAGGGACGAUUAUCAACCGCUUCACACUUAUUUUCCAGAUGAGGAGGCCCUGUUCGUGGGUACAGUAGAAGACAUUAAUGAAAAAUGUUCUGAAUGGAGGCUAUCUUUUGAUGGGGUAUCAAAUUCCUUUGGAGCUGGUAUUGGAGCUAUUCUAGUAUCACCUGAAGGGAAGCAUUAUCCUGGUUCCUCUAAACUACGAUUUUUCUGCACUAACAAUAUGGCCGAAUAUGAAGCUUGA